CUUGUCUGAUAUUUCUCCAGCCCCAUCGGGGCUACGUAAGGUAUGGGUACAAGCGACAGGUAUCCGUACCUAGGUAUGGAUUCCGAAUGGGGGACAAGGAAACAUCCCAAAGUUGCUCCUUGGCCUGGCCUUGCGAGGAUCCUCCCUUCAUGUGUCCAACAUAUUAAGAACUGGGGAUCCGGCACCGUCCUCUCCUUUGACCUCCACGCUUACUACUAAUACACCAAGUGAUACUACGAAUACGCUACCUCUGCCUCGCCUUACAUCAGACUCUCGAGGAUUUUGCCUGUCUUGGAUCUACCUUUAACCUACCUUGUCCGGUAACAUCCCGUCUCUCGUUGCCCUGCCCAUCUCAACCUCCUCGCUACUCCAGUCUCCGCCUUUUUCGACUGCCUCCCGUCACAUCUCUCUCAUCCUCUGCUUCAACUCCGACCUCGCGGGUUUUCCUGCUUUCUUGCGACUUGAGCCAGCCUCCUCAUAGUUGCAGAGCAAGAUCUUCAACCGACGAUCACUGUUUUCGACGUUUAUUUAGUCGACCAUCUCCCGCUUUCGUCGAUUCCCGCAUCCGAGGUUUUUGGGUUCAGUCUUACACGGACAACACCAACAAAUUAUACACACUCAAACACAUCAACGAUCAACAUGGUCUUCUCACUCCGCAAGGCCUUCGCGGCCCUCCUCGCCUCAACCGCAACAGUCUACGCACUCCCCUCAGACUCAUCCUCAUCAACAGAAUCAACCGUAAACACAACCUCCCUCGCCGCCACCUCCUCAAACUCAACAGUCUGCAACAACUCUCCAUCCCUCUGCAGCCGCAAGUACAACAACAUCACCCACAUGGGCGCCCACGACAGCGCCUUCCUCCGCGACGCCAGCACCUCAAACUCCAUCGCCGGCAACCAGUACUACAACGCCACCGUCGCCCUCAACUCGGGUCUGCGUCUGCUCCAGGCCCAGGUCCACCUCGUCAACGGCACCUCGGGCAGCGUCCUCCAGCUCUGCCAUACCACCUGCAGUCUGCUCGACGCCGGCACCCUCGAGAACUGGCUCUCCGCCAUCAAGGACUGGAUGGACAAGCACACCGACGACGUCGUCACCAUCCUCCUCGUCAACUCGGACAACCAGGCCGCCUCCGCCUUUGGAAAAGUCUUUGAGUCCUCGGGCAUCUCCAAGUACGGCUACAAGCCCUCCACCUCCUCCGCGACCUCGAGCUGGCCCACCCUCCAGACCAUGAUCGACGCAGACACCCGCCUCGUCACCUUCGUCGCCUCCAUCACCGCCGACACGGACUACCCCUACCUCCUCCCGGAAUUUUCCUACGUCUUCGAGACGGCCUACGAGGUCACCUCCGCCGCCGGCUUCAACUGCACGAUCGACCGGCCCUCGACCUACUCCACCGCCGCCGCCGCCGUCACGGCCAACAUGCUGCCCCUUAUGAACCACUUCCAAUACCAGACCCUCGCCACCGACAUCCUCAUCCCGGACGUCAGCGACAUUGACACGACCAACUCGGCCUCCACCAGCACGGCGGGCAACCUCGGCCUCCACGCGCAGACGUGCAAGAACCAGUGGGGCACCAAGCCCGUCUUCAUCUUGGUGGACUUCUUCAACAAGGGCCCGGCCAUUGACGCCGCCGAUAACCUCAACGGGCUGUCUUCGUUCGACAUCUCGGGCCGCAGCAGCAGUAACAGCGCCACCGCGAGCUCGAGCAGCGGCAAGUCUGCUGGUAGAGCACCCGGUGGUAUGGAGACUGGCGCGCUCGUCGCGUUCCUCGCUGCCGCCGUGUUCUUGUUUUAAGGGGGUCGUCUGUUUCUGAAAGUCCGGUCUCUCAGGGUCCGAGCCAAAGAAGGAUGUGACACUACUCAUGCGACAACCUCAUGAAAAAGAGUGUCUGUGUGUGUACGCUCAAAGGGACAUUUCUCGGAUGAACACUAUGAUUCCCCCUCCUGUUUUUUUCUCUCUUUUACCUCUUUUUUUCCCUUCUUUGUUUCCAACAAAAAGAUGCAUAGCGACGGCGUUCAAUCAUGAGCCGAAAUCAUCGGCAGAAACGACUCUUUCUUGUUUUUCUUUCACAGCUUUUGUUCAUGUACAACCCGGGGAAAACGGGACCCCCGCGAGUUUUGUUUGGAAGAGAGCCCUUUGGGACAUAGGGCAUCACCACUGAUCUGGAUUGGAUCAGCGAGGUAGAUAGAUACCGGGCAUUGAGUGAGAUCAUGCUCAGAUCAAUAUGAAAACCAACUUCAUGA